UCAACAUUGCACUAACCAGUAGUCCAGUAACCACUAACCUAGAAUACGAUAAGAAUACUAGUGAGUAGUGAGUUUUCAGAUACUCUAUCAGGUUACUCUAGUACGCCAGUAAUAUUUGGUUGUAUGAGAAUGCGAUUAUGGAUGUUUUGAAGCCGAAUUUUUUACUCAUUGAAGGCCGAUGCUAUCGAAUUAAUCCAACUGACGAUUAUUUUGACAACUCAACUGCUAAUGACCUACACGAAGAACAUUUUCAGCGAAACACUUACGAAGAUGAAGAAUGCAGAAUAGAAGAGCCAUAUGAAGAGCAUGACAAUGACAAUUUUGAAGAUGAGGAUGAUUAUUUCAAGUGUAAAAUCGAACUCACUGAAGGAAAGAAGUAUCAAACUACUUUUCAUGUACCAAGGUCUUUCUUCUCCAUCAUUAUUGGGACCAAACAUGCUACAAGAAAACGGCUAGAGAAUGAAACGAAAACCGAAAUUAUUAUUCCAAAAUUUGGCAAUAGUGGUGAUAUUGUAGUUAAAGGCAGUUCAAGAUCGGGAGUGGAAGCAGUCUACAGACGCAUAUCAAUCAUUGUCAUGACAGCUAGAAAAAGACAGCAAUUCACUCAUUUCAUUUCCAUUCCGUUUCUCACUGAUAGAAUUAGAGAGAGAUUCCUAUCGUUUAAAAGUGAAAUACUUGCUAAUAUGCAUGGCGAACGAGGAAUUGUGGAAGAAGUAUUUCAAAAACCUGAAAAACUGCACAUGACUCUCUGUGUGAUGGUCUUGUCAGAUGAAGUGGAGCGAGCCAAAGCCAUUGAGGUGCUAAAUAGAUGUAAAGCAGAAGUUUUGGAUGAAUUGCUGAAAGAAAAUCCACUGAAAGUGAAAAUUUCCGGUGUAGAGAUCAUGAACGAUGACCCAGCAGAGGCUCGCGUUGUUUAUGGCAGAAUUCACUGUGAUGAUGAAGAAAGACUUCAAAAUUUGAGUGAUAGAAUUGUCGAUUACGUUGCAAAAGCAGGCGUGUUGGAAAAAGAGCAUGAAAAAGUCAAGAUGCACAUCACAUUGAUGAACACUAGUUUUCUGAAAGACGAUAGAGAUUCCAAGAAAGUCACCAUUAAUGCAGUACCUAUAAUUGAUGCAUUUGGAUUCUACAAUUUUGGAGAAGUGACUAUAGAUACUAUCCACUUAUCUCAGAAGGGAGCAUAUUCUGCUACUGGCUAUUACAAGUCAUCACUUGUUCUAAACAUAACAUAAAUUAUAAUGAAAUAUUGUUUGAUGAAGAUGCAAAAUGAUAUUCUUGAUAACAAAAUAAUUUCUGUGAAAAAUGAAAGUGUGUUACCUACUGUUGUACGGUACCUAUCUUUUAUGUUCAGCAGUAAGAAAUAGUAUUUUAGUGUUGAAAAAUCUUUCUAUGUUGGUAUAGAAAUGUGUCAUUAUCAAUUGUCAUUCGCAAUUUCAUUCGAUAUUGUUUUUAUUAAUUCUUCUGCUUAGUAGUAGAAGCAAUUCCUACAUUUUAUCCAAUUUUUUGUAUUUUAUCAAGUUCUGUAAUAAAAAUGCGAUUCGCAGAUCAUUUGGA